AUGGCUGCUCUCACUGGAAAGGUUGCCAUAAUCACCGGUGGCUCAAAUGGUAUUGGCAAGGCGACAGCUCUUCGUCUUGCGCACGAUGGUGCCAAGGUGGUUAUCCAGUAUCGCUCCAAUGAGCAAAGCGCCCAGGAGGUGGUGAGCCAAAUUGGAGAGCAGAACGCCCUGGCUGUCAAGGGAAAUGCCAGUUUGGAGAAGUUUGGUCAAAUUGACAUUGUCAUUGCCAACGCCGGUUCCUUGCCCCUCCAUGACCUGGCAAACACCUCGGAGCAAGACUUCAACGACAGUAUUGAUCUGAAUGUGAAGGGACCUUACUUUUUGGUUCAGAUUGCAGACAACCCACUUCAGAAGAUACAAAAAAAGGUCUUUGCUGCUGAUGCAGUGCCUCAUUUCCGUCCCGGUGGUCGAAUUAUCCUGGUUUCCACGACUCUUUGUCACGCCUCCACAGUCACCCCUCCCUAUCUCCUUUACUUGACCACGAAAGGUGCCAUCGAGCAGAUGGUCCGCGUUCUGGCUAAGGAGCUGGGCCCCAAGGAAAUCACAAUCAACGCCGUCGCCCGGCCAGAACCCGUGCUAAAUGCCAUGAAAAAUCUGAGCCCGCGAGGACACUUAGCUCAACCCGAGGAGAUUGCGGAGGCAAUGGGAUUUUUCAGCUCCCCAGCUAGUGGCUGGGUCUCAGGACAGGUCCUGCGCGUGAAUGGCGGCAUGGCAUAG